GAUCUACUCACCACCUAAGAGAAGAGAAGAGAAACAACCCUUUUCAAAUCCUAUUCAGUAUUUCUAUCUUUGUUUCUCGAAUUUCGAAGUCUUGCUUAAUUCAGACGUUAUUCAGGCUAAUUAGCGGCCUUGAAAAAGCUGCUCAUACAACUUCUUUCCCUCUAUAUAAACCUCUACUGAUCUUGAGUCGACAGUCCAACACUUGACAACUUUCUUCUCUUUUAGAAGUGACUAAUAUGAUUAUGAACGUGGAGAACACUUUAGGAGUAGUGGUGAGGGUGAGGGAGUUUGAUCCAAGCAAAGAUGGAUUAAGCGUUGAACAAGUGGAGAGUAGAUGUGAGGUUGGUCCCAGCGGCAAACUCUGUUUGUUUACCGACCUCUUGGGUGAUCCUAUAUGCAGGGUCCGCCACUCUCCUGCUUUUCUCAUGCUGGUGGCUGAGAUAGGUGAUGAAAUAGUUGGCAUGAUAAGAGGUUGCAUCAAGACCGUUACAUGUGGCAAGAAACUCUCUCGAAACGGAAAAAACAAUAACAAUGAUACUAUCAAACCUCUCCCUGUUUACACCAAACUCGCCUACAUACUAGGCCUUCGCGUCUCUCCCUCUCACCGGCGGAUGGGAAUCGGUUUGAGGCUUGUUAAAAGAUUGGAGGAGUGGUUUAGAGAGAGAGGCGCUGAAUAUUCAUAUAUCGCCACCGAAAACGACAACGACGCUUCCGUCAAGCUCUUCACCGACAAAUGCGGUUACUCAAAGUUUCGUACACCGUCUAUCCUGGUCAACCCGGUCUACGCUCACCGAGUUACUGUUCCGAAACAUGUGACCAUCAUUCAAGUAGGUGCUUCCGACGCUGAGCUCCUAUAUCGUAGAAAAUUCUCCACCACCGAGUUCUUCCCUCGUGACAUUGACUCGGUGCUCAAAAACAAACUUAGCUUGGGCACCUUUUUGGCAGUACCACGUGGCAGUUACUCACCAGAGUCGUGGCCCGGGUCGGAUGCGUUUUUAUCAAACCCGCCAGAGUCGUGGGCGGUGAUGAGUGUUUGGAACUGUAAGGAAGUUUUUAAACUUGAGGUACGUGGCGCGUCACGGGUGAGGCGUACACUGGCUAGAACGACGCGGAUUGUGGAUCGGGUUUUGCCUUGGUUGAAAAUACCGUCUAUACCGGAGCUGUUUAGACCGUUUGGAUUACAUUUUAUUUAUGGUUUAGGUGGCGAAGGCACACGCGCAGUAAAGUUGGUGAAAGCGUUGUGUGGCUACGCGCAUAACUUGGCUAAGGAGAGUGGGUGCGGCGUGGUGGCUACAGAGGUGUCAAGUGGCGACCCGCUCAAGUUAGGAAUUCCACACUGGAAAGUGUUAUCCUGCGCCGAGGACUUGUGGUGCAUUAAGAGACUUGGGGAAGACUACAGUGAUGGGUCUGUCGGUGACUGGACUAAAUCACCCCCUGGAUUGUCCAUUUUUGUUGACCCUAGAGAGUUCUGAAAAGAAGCU